GCAUGGUCCUACAAGGAAUAGGAGUGGCGCAGCAGGCGCGCGAGACCUAGUCAUCGAAGGACUAGGCGUACGGUACGGGCGCUCGAAGCCUAGUCCUCACGGAACUAGGCAUGGCAACGGGACGGCGUACACGCGCUGGCGGGACACGGCCGGUGCGGCAAUAGAGAGAUGGCGCGCGCGUUGUACCUGGGAAAGGUUCAAGGAGUUAAUCCGCGAGAAGUAUUAUCCCACGUACUACCGAGCUGAGAUAGAGCGUCAGUUUCUGUCGCUCAAGCAGGGUACUCAUUCUGUUGAUGAGUACGAGAGGGAGUUUACUAGACUUGCAGCUUUUGUUCCGGACUUGGUGCGUACGGAGGCACAGAGGGCACAGCGCUUCAUCGACGGGCUUUACCCAGCAGUCCGUCACAUCAUUGUAGGUCACGGGACCCAGAUAUAUGCUCGUGCUAUUUCGAUUGCCCAGGAGGUGGACGCCAGCAUUUGGAGGGAGGCAAGCCGCGACCGUUCCCAACCAUUUGCUCCUGCCCAGUCAUCCACAGCUCCACCAGCUGCCCAACCGUCGAAGGAGAAGAAGAGGAAGGGAAAAGGCGCUCAGACCGACAGGAGGACCCGCCAGAGGCAACAGCAGGUUCCACCGUGCCCCACUUGUGGACGACUUCAUCGCGGAGAGUGUCGCUUUUGCCAGGAUAUCUGUUAUUACUGUCACGAGCCCGGACAUUUUUCUAACCGCUGUCCUAAGAAA